UUUGUGUUGUGCUCGGAUCAUAAAAACAGCAGCUGAAGACUUCAGGAUCAGCAUCUGGAUCAGCAUCAGGAUCAGCAUCAGCAUCAGGAUCAGCAUCAGGAUCAGAGGAUCUGUUUCUUGCUAAAGCAGUGAACACAGUGUGUUUAUGAUAGAAAACCACAGCAGUAACUUAGCUGCACUCAGUGUCCUGAAGCGAAUCCCAUCUCACAGCAUCAUGACGUUACAUCAGGAAACAACAGGAGUGUAUAAACCACUGUCCGCUGACAGAGACCGGACUCAGCAGCAAUAACCUUCCUGUCAUAUCUCUGCAUGUAUUGUAUGUAAAGUAGUUCAGACCAGCUCCACGUGCAGCAGCUACAGCAGUGACAUGCUGCUGACACUGAUGCUUCAGUAUUAACCAUCAAAUCACGUCAUAUGUAAUGAAAUAUCAGUCAGACCAAACCACUACCUCUGGUAUUUUAACUUUUUGCUCCUAAUAUUUCUGUACUUUUACUUCACAUGUACAAUUCUUCAUGCAGGACUUGUAAUAGAGUAUUUUUACUUCCCUGUAUUGGUACUUUUACUUAAGUACUUAACUUCUUCUGAAAACCCACCACAGUCCUUUAUUUUUGCGCGGCCCAAAGCGCAGUCCCGUCAUCUACCGGGCAGCGCGCAGUGCUACAGCAUGCGGCCGGCAGGGGGCAGCACCCCGAACUUUGACCAGCACAGACCUGAGCACAGAAGAAGAGCACAGCGCGGGUUGUUUGAGUGUUUGCUAACUGCUACACAACAUUUAGCGGGGUUGCUACUGGUCACCGGCUCGGUCUGUGAGGUGAAGAGCUCAUGGAGUCCACAGAGAGCAGGUUCGCUCACCUGCUGCAGCCGAUUCGAGAACUCACCAAGAACUGGGAGAUCGAUGUGGCUUCAGAGUUAAACGACUAUUUAGAAGAGUUGGAUGAGAUGUGCAUCACGUUCGAUGGAGGAAAAACUAGACUGAACUUUGCAGAAGCAGCUCUGCUGAUCCAGGGCUCAGCCUGCAUCUACAGCAAGAAGGUGGAGCUGCUGCACAGUCUCGUUUACCAAACUCUGGAGUACAUCAACGACAGAAACAAGAAACGUAACAAACAGGCGGCCGAGCCUCAGGAGGACGGUGCAGACGCAGCAGCGAGCGACCACAACGCUGACGAUGAGGCUGUGUUCACUCAUUUGGACAUUGACGUCUCAGACAGUACACAGAAAGCUGAGUCCAGCACGACUGUGGACGUGGCUCCUCUUCCUCCCGACUCUCUGAUUCCUCCUGAAACUCACGAGAAGCACAGACUCCCUCUCAUCAGUCUGAAAGGCGAGGUCCUGUGCAGUCAGAAGGACUUCAGGAUGAACCUGUUCAUCCCCGGAGGCGAGGAUCUGAUUGUCCUCACACUCAGAUCAGGGUCCAGGUUCCUGCUGGACACUGACCAGCGUCCUGCAGACUCUCUGCAGCAGCAGCAGCAGACAGGUGCGGUGGCUGUCACCGCAGGUGAUGCUGCAGUGGGCGGAGCUGAUGCUGACGAUGGUGGAGCCGAUGCUGCGGAGAGCUUCCUCCCUUUAGACGACAACAACAUGGAGCUGGACCGGGCUCCAGAGGAAUGUGUGGACAGACACCAGGCUCCGAGCGAAGGGAGGAUGAUUCGAGAGAGACGACAGGUCGAGACCGACAGACAGAGGAGAGAGGAGGAGACGCCGCCCGCUGUGAACGUGUGGACGUUCCAUGACCCGUAUGCUGUCCUCGGGGAGGACAAACCCUUCAAAUCAGGGAAAUGCUACAAGGUUCCAGACGGUGUGGAUGACGGAGGAAAGAGGAAAAGAAAACAAGCUUCUUCUCUUCAGGACUUCCGGAGCUGGUUCAGAGGAACCUUUGAUCCUCCUGAGCACAAGCUAAGGAACGGACCCACGUUUACAGACUUGAACUACAUUUAUUUGAGCACACUGAAAGACAAACUGAAGACUCGAAAGAGGAUCUACAGGAAAGCAGGUCUGGUGGUUUCUGAUGAGGAUCUGAGGAGGACCUUCCUGCAGCCGGAAGAGGCGGGGCCAGAGCAGCAGGGGGAGGAGCCUGUGGAUGGAUUCAGACACCCCGACCUGCUGGGUGGAGAUGACGACACCUCGGACAACGAGCAUGAAGUGUUUCCUGACGAUGUUCCUGCUGAGUUUGGUGGAGGACCAGACUUCAUAUCACCAGACGCUCAGAGAGAUGAGCUGAGUUAUGAAGACCUGGUGAAGCUGCGUGUGGAGCAGCUGGUGGUGAACUGUCGGGGUUACACUCAGGAGACAGCUCUGUCUCGAAGAGUUAAAGACUGGGAGGACAAGAUCCGACCUGAACUGACUCUGCAGGAGGAACGUCCAGCGUUUGACAUCCACGAUUACGGAGACCGGAUAGUCGGAGCGCUGAACGCCGUCGGUCACCGCAGAUCUUUCUCGUCCAUCGUUCACGGUCUGGACAACUUUGAAGCCUGCAAAUAUCUGCUGGCCUCACUGCAGCUGGCUAACGACUACACCGUGGACAUCGACAGCGCCGAAGGUCUGGAGGAGAGUGUGGACUCGAUGGGACUGACUCUGCUCAGCACUCACAGAGCGACGGACAGAUUCAAAGCUCUGAAGGCUUCAGCCUGAAACAGCGUGAGUUCACCCUGAUGAAGCCGAGUGUGUGGCACUUUAUCCUGUGUGAACACAGAACUGUGCCACUGUCUGUUCCUCUGAUUUGAAUCUGACCAGUAGCUGGAUCACGGUCUGUGUUAAACCUCCCUCCAGUGAACUGAAGACUCUGUAAAUGUCCCUGACAUUGAAAAUUAUGCUCAAAGACGUUUUCCCCUAAACAAUCUUUUAGAAUCUGAAUAUGUGGAAUAAAACCAUACAUGCUGA